CAAUCUCAUAUUGAAAUCACAGAGAUUACCUUCUUUCCUUCAAUGUUAAUAGCGUUUUUUAGAAUUCAUUUAUAAAAAUGGAAAUGCUGUAGAAGGUCUGAUUUGUCAAAGUCCUCAACAAAAAAAGUAUGAUGGCAUGACUGAUAAUAGUGAUUAAGAGAGAAUAUUCCUUAAGCACACAUUUGCCAAGGCCAAUCAUUCCUAAUUAGAAUCAGCACCAAAUUGUACAUCCUCAUAGAUUCAUAGACACAGACCUCCAGUAUGCAUCUAAGUUUUGUCAUCAAGCAUUAUAUCCUAAAACAAGCAAUAAUAAUACAAAUUUAUAUAGCACUUUUCCAAACUUGCAGGGUUACAGGAAGUUUUGUGGAAGUAUUUGAUGUCGUUGUAAUUCUAAUUGGGCGUGGUAAUAGAAAUCUUUGUCACAUUUAUAGAAACCUUAACCUCUGAAAUGUUGUGGACCUAAGCUACCAUUCUUUCUUUCAUUAGGUUUAUCAUUAGAUUAUCAAAACAACCUCCACAUUGCUGUCAAAAAUGUCUUUAGCAAUGUCUUUUUUUGAUUGGUUGCUAUUUUGAGAUUUUUUUGUAAUUCAAUUGACAAAAGUUUUCAUGCAUAUGAAAUGGCUGUUUGCAUUAUAUAAAAAGAUUACUAUCAUGUAAAAAGUAAAACGUAUCAAUGGCUUACAAUACAGUUAUACAGUAGUUUGAACAUUUGAACUCUUAACGUGUUAAGUCAUGUUACAAAGGAGCAUAUUUCCCCACCCAGCUGCUACUGUAUUGAAUCAUACACACAGAAUUGCUUUUAUUUGCAAUGGUUUUGAAAUAUGUCUCCAAGAUAUCUGCCUCCAGCUCCAUACAAUGGAAGUUUGUGGAUUAUCAAAAAUAACCAGGACAUUGGAUGUGGAAAGACAUACAGUGGGUACGGAAGGUUUUCAGACCCCUUAAAUUUUUCACUCUUUGUUAUAUUGCAGCCAUUUUUUAAAAAAUCAUUUAAGUAAAUUUUUUUCCCUCAAUGUACACAAAGCGCCCCAUAUUGACAGAAAAAAAACUUAAUUGUUGAAAUUUUCACUGAUUUAUUAAAAAAGAAAAACUGAAAUAUCACACAGCCAUAAGUAUUCAGACCCUUUGCUGUGACACUCAUAUUUUUAACUCGGGUGCUGUCCAUUUGUUCUGAUCAUCCUUAAAAUGGUUCUACACCUUCAUUGGAGUCCAGCUGUGUUUGAUUAUACUGAUUGGACUUGAUUAGAAAAGCCACACUCCUAUCUAUAUAAGACCUUACAGCUCACAGUGCAUGUCAGAGGAAAUGAGAAUCAUGAGGUCAAAGGAACUGCCUGAAGAGCUCAGAGACAGAAUUGUGCCAAGGCACAGAUCUGGCCAAGGUUACAAAAAAAUCCUGCAGCACUUAUGGUUCCUAAGAGCACAGUGGCCUCCAUAAUCCUGAAAUGGAAGACGUUUCGGACAAUCAGAACCCUUCCUAGAGCUGGCUGGCCGACCAAACUGCGCAAUCGGGGGAGAAAUUACAGUCUCUCAGGACCUGAAGUGGGUGACCAACAUCAACUCCGUCCUCAAAAAGGCCCAGCAGAGGAUGUACUUCCUGCGGCUUCUGAGAACGCACGGCCUGCCACAGGAGCUGCUGAGGCAGUUCGACACAGCGGUCAUCGAAUCAGUCCUGUGUUCUUCCAUCACAGUCUGGUUUGGUGCGGCUACAAAAAAGGACAAAGUCCGACUGCAACGGACAAUCAAAAGUGCUGAAAGGAUCCUCGGUACCCCCCUACCCACCCUUGAGGACUUGCACGCUUCCAGAACUAAGACAAGAGCGUGCAAAAUCCUCUCGGACCCUCCACAUCCCGGUCACCGGCUCUUCCAGCUCCUUCCCUCAGAGCCUUGGUGAGACAGGUAAAGAAGAACCCAAAGAUCACUGUGGCUGAGCUCCAGAGAUGCAGUUGGGAGAUGGGAGAAAGUUCAACCAUCACUGCAGCCCUCCACCAGUCGCGGCUUUAUGGCAGAGUGGCCCGACGGAAGCCUCUCCUCAGUGCAAGACACAUGAAAACCCGCAUGGAUUUUGCUAAAAAAACACCUGAAGUACUCCAAGAUGGUGAGAAAUAAGAUUCUCUGGUCUGAUGAGACCGAGAUAGAAAUUGUUGGCCUUAAUUCUAAGUGGCAUGUGUGGAGAAAACCAGGCACUGCUCAUCACCUAUCCAAUACAGUCCCAACAGUGAAGCAUGGUGGUGGCAGCAUCAUGCUUUGGGUUUGUUUUUCAGCUGCAGGGACAGGACGACCGGUUGCAAUCGAAGGAAAGAUGAAGGCGGCCAAGUACAGGGAUAUCCUGGAUGAAAACCUCCAGAGUGCUCAGAACCUCAGACUGGACCGAAGGUUCACCUUCAAAAAAAGACAAUGACCCUAAGCACACAGCUAAAAUACCGAAGGAGUGGCUUCAGCACAACUCCGUGACUGUUUUUGAAUGGCCCAGCCAGAGCCCCGACUUAAACCCAAUUGAGCAUCUCUGGAAAGACCUGAAAAUGGCUGCCCACCAACGUUCACCAUCCAACCUGACAGAACUGGAGCGGAUCUGCAAGAGGAUCCCCAAAUGCAGACAUCAGUACAAGAAGCUGAAAGAGGACUUCCAGUACAAUCUGUCCAUCCUGGAUGAACGAGAGAAAGAGCUGCAGCGAUAUGAUGUCAUCACUUCCAGGGCUGUGAAUGCAGAGCAGAACAGACAGGAGGAGCUGAGCCGCCUCCGUAUCCAGGUUGCUGUGCUUGAGGAGAAGCAAGCCAAAGAUGCCGAGGCAAGACAGGAGGAGCAACGUAUCAGCGAGAACAAAGCUGCUCAACAAAGGCUGCAACUGGACGAGCUCAGACACUCUAUGACAGGUACAAUUCAAAAGCAAAUGGAAGCGAACGAGCGUAUGAAGUUGGAGGUGCAGCACAGGGUACAUGAGAUGGAAGUAGAGUUCAUGCGCCAGAAACAGGAGUUGACAGCAACUUGGGACAAAGAGCACAGACAACAAGAACAUGAGUUCAAUUUAAAACUUGAUGAAAUGCAUGCAGUGCUGCUGUCCAGUGAUCUCAAGAUUAAGCUGCUGUCUAAAGAGUGUGAAGUCCAGAGCCAGGCUCGAAUGCAAGCAACACAGGCACUCAAAGCAUCUGAGGAGCUUUGUAAGCAAUUACAAACCCAGCUACAGCGUAAGGCUGAUUUAAAAAAUGAAGCCACUGCUGUCAAGGAGGUCAGGAUAAAGGAACUUGAGGACAAGUUGAAAUGGAUGGAGAACAAACUGAAAAAGCAGAAAGAUGACCACAAUAAGAAACAUGAGGACAUGGCCCAGGUUCUGAAAGAGAAGGAUGAUCAGCUGGAGUCUCAGUGUCAGGCCCACAAAGAGCAGUUAAAGAGAGCAGAAAAACACAACAUCAAACUGCAGGAUGAGAUGGCGAUCCAGUCUGCGAAAGCUCGCUUAGCACAAAAAGACAUGGAGAUGGUCUUGGAGGAGAAAGAUGAUACAAUAAAGAGGCUUCGUACCGAAAUGACUAGAGGCCAGACUGUCUUGGAGAGACACAUGAGUCAGGCUUCUAACGAGAUGGUCGCCAAGAACACAGAGUUCAUCACCUUACAGAACAGUAAUGACAAACUCCGGGCUGAGUUGGAGAGGAGAAGGGAGGAGAUUAACAGGUAUAAACAGGAUGUGAGUGCCGGUUUGAAGAGAGAGGCGGCAUUAGAACAGGCACGAGUCCAGUUGGAGUUGGAGUGGCAGAGGCGCUGUGAUACCAUCAAGGCAAAACACUACCUGGAUAAUGAGCAGCUUAUACAAGAUUUGACACUGGCCAGAGAUCAGGCAAAGGCAGAUCUUAGUGAGAAAGAAAAACAGUUGCAUGACUUGACUGUCUUGUGUGCGUCUGUUGUGAGUGACAAAGCAGUGCAGGGUCUCCCACCAAAAUCAGAUGUGAGGGCAUCACAAGAGAUAAGUUCCCUGGUUGAGCAGAACAGCUUUUUGCGAGCUGUGGUUUCCCAGAUGAGAAAGGAUAUGGAGGAUCUUGGUGAUAUCCUACCACAUCCACAGACCAAGCUUCAAGAUGCCUCUCCCAAGGCAGUUAAAACCCCUGAAGCGCCCGCAGCUACCUUCACAACUGACCCUCUUGCCAAGCAUCCUGACGUCUCUGCCAACACCAUCCCUGCAUAUUUGUCAGACUACACUAAGGCUCUGAAGCAGGAGGUGGGCCUGUUGAACGCUCGAUGCAGACACCUUGAGGAGCAGCUAGAAGGUUCUUUAAGGCUCCCAAGCCUAGUUCCUGCCACAGGAACAACAAAAGAGUCCCAGGCUCACACAUAUCUAGAUAAACCACAUCCACAUGACCAAGAUUUGUGUCCGGAGAAACAUGCUGACUCCACUGCUUUGAGGAGUCAAGUGGUGAGAGGGCAACAUGCAGAGCCACAUGCCAACAACAUAAGGGAUCGGAGUCCUGUGGUGCAGCAGGUUCGAGAUGAGAACUUUUCACUGUGGCAGCAGCAGCUGAACUCCGCUCUCAUGGCUGGUGCUGCAUCUGGUAAUGUUCAGGGUGUAAAAAGGAACAUUGUGCUGGCACACGCCAGGCUGGAACAGGCGGCGGCGUAUAUCGCCCGUCUGAGCAGAGAGAAGCAACAGCUCAUCCAGAUGGGCAACUGCCUUCGUGCCUGCAUCAACACCCCUGGAUUAAAGGAGGCAAUUGAGCAAAAGAGAGAUUCCUCCACAGGAGAACAAGGACAUCAACAUGAUCGUCUUUCUGCUCUAGAACAGCUGCAGUAUCGACUCACAACACAGGAGCUUCAGUAUGCUGUGAGGCAGAUGGCUUGCACUGUUGCUGAACAUGCCACUUCAUCUGACAGCAUAGGGCCUCCCAUAAAAGGAGACAGCGACCUUUGUUCCGACAGGCACAAAACCACUGAUGAGUCUGGGGCCUUUAAAAUGUCGGGCAAAACUCCUACGAUCAACCAGCUACGGAACUCUUUGGAGGUGAAGAAACAGCCCAGCUCUGAAGAUUCUCAGCAGUCAUUAAAGGAGAUUUGGGAAAUAUUGGACCUUGGACUGAGUUCAUCCAUUUACUCAGAAGGUGAAAGUGAUCUGUGCAGGAGCAGGCCAACUAAGUCGGGCACCGCUGGGGUGAUGGUGACCGGUACCAGUGCUCCCAUCCACAGUCGUUCCCCAGCCAAUUUCCAGCAGAAGAAGAACCCCUCCGAAGCACCAUCGAACCCUCCUAAGAACUGCCAGCAUGGAGCCCCAGGCAAAAUUGUCAAGAUCAGGAACUAUAAUGCUAAAGACUGACGCGCAUACAAGGCAGUCAUCAAUAUGACCAUUGAGUGAUCAGUAAAUUAUUUCCAGAUUUGGUGAGUAAGUGAACAAGCUCAUCAUGAUCAGAGCUACUUGGAGUUGGAAAGAUUCAAAUGAAUAAUGGAAAUAUGAGUUAUCCAGUUACAAUAUGCACUUUUAUACUGUUAGUAACUCAAAUGUAAUCUGUAUUUUUAGUGGCCCCUUGAGAAAAACUGUAUAUUUUUUGAGUGUAUUAAAAUUGCACUGUUUGA